GACCUGAUCUUUUCUCCCGGUUAGAUGUCCAGCUCGCCGCUGUCCAAGAAGCGUCGCGUGUCCGGAUCUGAGACAAAGACGGGUUCAAACUGCUCAUCCUCCAACUCCGUGAGCACCGAUCAGACUGCGCCGGCCAACGGGAUGGCUCGGAACGGGAAUUCUGCUGAGAUAGACGAGGGUCUCUACUCGAGGCAGCUCUACGUCCUGGGGCACGAUGCCAUGAAGCGUAUGCAGAACUCCAACGUCCUCAUCUCCGGCAUGAGUGGCCUCGGUGUGGAGAUCGCUAAGAAUAUCAUACUGGGCGGGGUCAAGUCCGUCACUAUCCACGACCAGGGGAACACCGAGUGGGCCGACCUUUCCUCCCAGUUCUACCUGCGGGAAGGUGAUGUUGGAAAGAACAGAGCGGAGGUGUCGCACCCACGACUGGCAGAGCUGAACACCUACGUGCCUGUGUCUUCAUCCACUGGCCCCCUGACUGAGGACUUCCUCUCUGCCUUCCAGCUGGUCAUUCUCACCGCCGCUACCAUGGAGGAGCAGCUCCGCGUCGGAGACUUCUGUCACAGCCAUGACAUCAAGUUUAUUGUCGCCGACACUAGGGGUCUGUUUGGGCAGCUCUUCUGUGACUUUGGGAAGGAGAUGGUGGUGAUGGACCCCAACGGGGAGCAGCCGCUCAGCGCCAUGAUAUCGAUGAUCACUAAGGAUAACCCCGGGGUGGUGACCUGUUUGGAUGAGGCUCGGCACGGCUUUGAGACUGGCGACUUUGUCACGUUUACUGAGGUGCGCGGCAUGACGGAGCUGAACGGCUGCGAGCCGGUGGAGAUCAAGGUUCUGGGCCCCUACACCUUCAGUAUAUGUGACACCAGCCGCUUCUCCGACUACGUCCGCGGGGGCAUCGUCGCUCAGGUCAAGAUGCCCAAGAAGAUCAGCUUUAAACCCCUGCGGGAAUCGCUGCAGGAGCCAGACUUCCUGGUCACGGAUUUCGCCAAGUUCGAUCACCCCGCGCAGUUGCACCUCGGCUUCCAGGGGCUUCAUGAGUUCCGCAAGAAACACGGGCACCUCCCUAAGGCCCACAAUGAGGCUGAUGCCCAGGAGGUGCUGGCACUCACACAGACCCUUAAUGAGGGUGCCCCUGGCGCUGUGAAGCAGGAGGAGGUGAAGGAAAGCCUCAUCAAGCAGCUGGCAUACCAGGCCCGGGGCAACCUUGCGCCCAUCAAUGCCUUUAUUGGGGGUCUGGCUGCCCAGGAAGCAAUGAAGGCCUGCUCUGGCAAGUUCAUGCCCAUCAUGCAGUGGUUGUACUUCGAUGCCCUGGAGUGCCUGCCUGAGGAGAAUGCCGAUGCCACCCUAACGGAGGAGAACUGCAGCCCAAAGAACAGCCGCUACGAUGGGCAGAUUGCGGUGUUUGGCUCCACCUUCCAGGAGCAGCUGGGCAAGCAGAAAUAUUUCCUGGUUGGUGCCGGCGCCAUUGGCUGUGAGCUGCUAAAGAACUUUGCUAUGAUUGGCUUGGCAGCAGGAGAAGGCGGGGAAAUCACUGUGACGGACAUGGACACUAUAGAGAAAUCCAACCUGAAUCGCCAGUUCCUGUUUAGGCCUUGGGAUGUCACGAAAAUGAAAUCGGAGACGGCGGCAGCAGCCGUGAAGCAGAUGAAUCCCAACCUGCGUGUUACUGCGCACCAGAACCGCGUGGGCACCGAGACCGAGAAGGUGUAUGACGACGACUUCUUCGAAGCUCUGGAUGGUGUGGCCAAUGCGCUAGAUAAUAUUGAUGCCAGGAUGUAUAUGGACCGGCGCUGUGUGUAUUACCGGAAGCCUCUCCUGGAGUCGGGCACACUGGGCACAAAGGGGAACGUUCAGGUGGUCAUCCCCUUCCUGACCGAGUCCUACAGCUCCAGCCAGGACCCCCCUGAGAAAUCCAUCCCCAUCUGUACCCUGAAAAACUUCCCCAAUGCCAUCGAGCACACGUUGCAGUGGGCCCGGGAUGAGUUUGAGGGGCUCUUCAAACAACCGGCUGAAAACGUCAACCAGUAUUUAACAGACCCCAAGUUCAUGGAGCGCACGCUGAAGCUGCCGGGGUCGCAGCCGCUGGAGGUGGUGGAGGCGGUGUAUAAGAGCCUGGUGACGGAGCGGCCCAAGAGCUGGGCAGACUGUGUGACGUGGGCCUGUAAGCACUGGCACAUUCAGUACUCCAACAAUAUCCGACAGUUACUGCACAACUUCCCUCCCGAUCAGCUGACCUCUGCGGGGGUUCCCUUCUGGUCCGGUCCCAAGAGAUGUCCCCACCCACUGACAUUUAGCGGAAGCACUGGGCUGCACGUGGAUUACAUCAUGGCGGCCGCUAACUUGUUCGCGUUGUCGUACGGAAUCGGCGGCUCCAAAGACCGAGGCGCCGUGGUGGAAAUCCUCCGAGGUGUAAAGGUGCCCGAAUUCACCCCCAAAUCUGGGGUCAAGAUCCACGUGUCGGACCAGGAGAUCCAAAAUGCCCACGCCUCUCUGGAUGACACUCGCUUGGAGGAGCUCAAACACACCCUUCCCACCCCAGAGAGUCUCGCCAGCUUCAAAAUGUUCCCAAUUGACUUUGAAAAGGACGAUGACACAAAUUUCCACAUGGAUUUUAUUGUCGCCGCUUCCAACCUACGGGCAGAGAACUACGACAUCCCUCCCGCCGACCGGCACAAGAGCAAACUGAUCGCGGGCAAAAUCAUUCCGGCCAUUGCCACCACCACAGGGGCCGUAGUGGGGCUGGUCUGCCUGGAGCUGUACAAGAUCAUCCAGGGCCACAGGAAGCUGGAGUCCUUCAAAAAUGGCUUCAUGAACCUGGCGCUGCCCUUCUUUGGCUUCUCCGAGCCCAUCGCUGCCCCCAAGCACAAGUACUAUGACAACGAGUGGACGCUGUGGGACCGCUUUGAAGUGAAGGGAGUGCAGAGCAACGGGGACGAGAUGACGCUCAAACAGUUCCUGGACUACUUUAAGGAGGAACACAAGCUGGAGAUCACCAUGUUGUCCCAGGGGGUGUCUAUGCUCUACUCCUUCUUCAUGCCGGCCGCCAAGCUGAAGGAGCGCCUGGAGCAGCCGAUGACGGACAUCGUGACGAAGGUGUCGAAGAAGAAGAUCGGGAAGCACGUGAAGGCUCUGGUGUUCGAGCUCUGCUGUAACGAUGAGAGCGACGAGGACGUGGAGGUUCCGUACGUGCGUUACACCAUUCGCUGAGGCCCCGCCCCCUGGGAGCCAGCCAAUGCUGGAGGGCCGCCGGCGCCGGAGCAGAUCGGGCACAGGGGUUAAUGGGUCGGCCAUGACUGACCUGCCGUUCACUCCCUGAGGUUAAACAUAUAGUUUGUGGGGGGCCGGGGGGAAUGGGGGUGCGCCAGCCUUACCUGUACCUUAUUAUCUUCUCAGCUGUCUUGUGUCCUCUUGUAAGCACUUUCCGUGAUUAUUACCCCCCCCCCCAGCUCUUAGAGCAGUUACACCCCCCCCAUCCCAUUGGCUUCAUGUCUUGUUUGUGCUUGCACCUCUCUGCCCCCCCAGGCACUGCCCCCUGCUGGUGAUUGGGAUCCUCCCUUGUUCCACAUGCAUGAGGAGCCAUGGGGGUGCCCCUGGGGGGGCAUUAGUGCCACGGGGAGGGCCCGGAUACUGCUGAGCUGUAGGAAAUGUUUCUUUAUACUGUGUUUCAAUUCUGAGGAGAAAUAAAAGCGACAGAAAUUC